AUGGUAAUUUUGUGCUGCAAUUGUGGAAUUGAUAUUCUGCCAGAUAGUCGCAACAUGUGUGAUAGGUGCACAAUAAAUACAGGAAACUUCCUAUCAAAGAUAAGAAAGACGACUGUAAUAGAAAGUUGCAGGGGAUGCGAGAGAUAUCACAUUCCACCAAAAUCAUGGCGAGAAUACGCCUGGGGAUCACAAGAUUUGCUGAUGUUCUGUAUUGGGAAGAAUAAGACAAUCAAAGAUACCAACAUUGUUGAUACUGCAUUCAUCAAAACAGAAGAGCACAGCAAAACAAUUCUGAUCGAUAUUAAAGUAGAGAAUGAAGGAAUCAUUCAACGAACAGAAUUAAAAUAUGUCGUACGAAACAGACAAUGUGGUGACUGUAUGCGUAGAGAAUCAAAACAGUUUUGGAAUAGUGCGGUACAGUUGAGACAGCAUCCAAGUAGCACUAGAACGUUUCUCUAUUUGGAAUUGUUGAUCAAAAUGCAUCGUGCGCAUCUUGAUACGUCAAAUAUCAAAGAGCGUAAGAGUGGAAUUGAUUUCUAUUUCACUUGCAGAAAUAGUGCAGUAAAAUUCACAAAAUUCCUGAACAACUUCUACUUCAUAAAGAGCAAGGACAGUAACAGACUGAUAUCAGAGGAUAGGAGCAACAACACUGUGAAUCAAAAGAGCACUUUCUCAUGUGAAUUGCUGCCAUUCUGUACAGAUGAUCUGGUUGCAAUAAAGAACAAGUUGUAUCUGGUUAAGAAAGUGAAGAGUGUGAUAGAGGUGACUGAAUUGGAGACAGGAGCGACAAAGACGUAUGGAGGAAGAGACUAUUUCGGAAAUGAGUUAGACUUCAAACAGUUACAAAGAUCCGGAGAUCUGGUUGAAUACGAUGUACUGAUUUCAUAUGAACAGAAUAAGCUUAAUUAUGUCACAUUAUGCGAUAGUAAAGAGAGAACGUUCGAAGUAGAGACAGAGAUGAAACUGAAGGAGAAUGAUUGUGUAUUAGGGUAUUAUACGGUUGGAAAAUGGUACGCUGAUCAGUAUAGUGUACAGGAUGUAAUUUUGGCGAGGAAAUAUAAUAACAAGAAGAAAGAAUACAAAAUGAAGAUUGAAAAGGAGCUGGACAGAGAGAUGAGGCUGUUCAUUGAAGAUAUAGCAGAAGAGAAGGCAAUGCUUGAAGAAGUCGUGGAAAUCGAGCCAAAUGAGUUGACGAAGAAAUUCAUGAAAUUGUAG